AUGUGUGCUGAGAAGGAGAGACUGGAAAUUUCAGGGCCUUUAUUGCUGCUGCAAUUAUGGUCUUGGUCCCGUUUGCCACUUGGUCGUCCUAAAGUUAUUUUUGAGAAGCCGAAAGGAGAGGAACCUGAUGAAGAGGUAGAUGAAGAAGUACAUUUGGAUUAUAAUCCUAUUUUUGGAGCAAAGUGGUGUGCUGCACAUGCAUUUGAUGUCCCUCAUAAUGCUGGUACUGAAUAUUAUCGGAAUCAGAUUGAUUUGAUUCGAGAAGGUGCCGUUCAUUGGCAACCAUAUGAUGAUCUUCUGGAGCAGAUGCCCAUCCAAGUUCAUGAUGAUUCUGAUUGGUGGUUUUCUAGAGUACCACUCAUGCAUUUUUGGAUUGUGGAGUUUCACUAUCCAGAUAGGGUUAUGCGGCAAUUUGGAUUAAGACAGUGCAUUCCACCUUCUGUUCCACGUGGUGAGGCAGAGGUUCGGAGACUGCGAAAAAUUAAGCAUUCUGCAGGAAAAUCGCAUAACUGGGAGGAAUUCCAUACCAAUUAUGUUCAAGAAUAUGAUCGCAUUCAAGCAAGUGUGUUGCCAGAGGAAAUUCCCUUCGAUGUAGCUAGUUUACCUGAUUACAGACAUUGGUUCCAACAAAAUGGUAUGUACACAGUAUUCUUCGAUUCUCAGUGCUUGGGCGGCCUAGAUAAACCUAUUCCAUAUCCUCGAGAUAGCAUUGAAUGGACUGGCUACAUGCCUAGUGGUCCGCCACUAGCUCGAAUUGGGUUACGUGAGUUAAAGAAUGCCGCAUGGGGGAUCAAAUGUGCUACUACUAGGGGAUGCAAGAAGAUAGGGAAAUCUGUAUUGAGGUCCUGUGUAGGAAAUUUGUUAGAUCUGAACUUGGAGCCUAGGCUGCAAAGCAUGCUCACUGAGGCUAGGUUACCACUGAAGAUUGAAGAUAUUCCAUCUGACGAUGAUGUUUCUUAUAUUGCUCACCCACCAAGCCCCCCAAAAGAGAGCAACUCUGAUGUGUUUAAUGAAUGA